AUGAAAAGGUUAAAUGAAGAAUUAAGAAGAGUAGGAAUACUACUAGAAGAAGGAAUAAUAAAUGGACAUAAGAAACAAGAUUAUGAAAUCUUGAGUAAAAAGAAUGAAGCAGAAAUUAUACUAAAGGAUCGAGGAUUAAUAAGUACAAGAGUAUUCAUAAGAAACAUGAUAAAAGACGAAAUACUAAAAGAAGACGAAAAAGAAUUGGUAAAAAACCACGAGCAAUUUGAAAGUUCAAUCGAAAGAAUAACAGAAAAAGUAAUAUUAUGGGGAACCGAAGAAAAAGAAAUGAUAAAACGACUAAGAAACCGAAACAGAUCAAAUGAAAAAGAAAACGUGGAAUACUUCAUAGGAUUACGGGACACAUACCUUGAAGAAUUUCCAAAAUUAGGAGAAGAAAUACAAAUAAUUGGAAAACAAACCUUAUAUAAAGAAGGAUCAAAUGAAGAAAAAGAAUUUUUAGAAAAAUUCGUAAAGAAAUUUAAAUGA